UACUCACAGUACAGAAGGUAGCAAACUUUCUUUCUUGUCUUCUUUUAGUUUGAUUGCAACAACAACUCCAUGUCAGAGCCGCGCUUCCCCGUGCCAAGGUCGUUUCAAGUGUCCAAUAGUGGAAGCCAAGAGGAAGAGAAGAAAGCAGGUUACGUCAACUAUGAAGUAGAGCCAGGCUUCACCAUUCGUCUGCGUCAGAAUAUUGACCCUGCCAUGGACCCUAAAAGGCUCAAACGCAUACUUUCGAACCGUGUUGCGGCGCAGAAGUCAAGGUGGAAGAAGCUUCAAUAUGUUGAAGAUCUAGUGAAGAAAUCCAAGGAGCUUCAUAGGCAGGUGAGUGUGUUGCGUUGUCAAGUAGGGAUGGCGAGCGAGCAGAAGCGAUGCCUAGAGGAUGAGCAAAUGGAGCUUAAGGAGUGUAUCUCUGCUUGGUUUCAACAUUUUAUCUCCAAUGAAGGUGAGAUUGAGGCGUACAGAGCGGAGAUAGAGAGGCUGAAGAAGAAAAUGGCUAAUAUGAUUUGACUACCCUAUGCACCUCCUUAUUAUCUGGAUCCACCCAAAUUUCAUGUGUUUCGUAUUACAGAAUAUUUUUUUCAAAG